CUCAGAUACAGAGAGGUGCUGGAAACUUAAGCUUUAUCCUAAGGUGACGUCCGCAUGUUAAUAAGACGUUUAGAUUAGGACCAAGUGGCUUUAUUAAUUAUCCCAUGACGAAUGCAAUACUUACGUAAACUAUUACAAUCUUAUAGUCUGCGUAUUGACAGCCAGCUGAGCCGAACAGGUGGCUCAUGUGUCAGUUUCCGCUAAGGGUUUAGUAUUAGGAGAAGGGAUUCAGAUGUCCCAUUCUCACAGAGGUCUUCUUGAUAAGCAGUAACAGUAGAUUCAGAGGACAACAGGUUUUGUUCAACAGGCGCAGGGAUGCCCGAUGCUGGGACAGACAUGGGGAUGGACAGCGAGAGGAUAUUUGGGGCGAAAGCCACAGAAAACACCUCUCCUUCGUCUAUGGGCAGCGGUCGUCCAGCUGAUAUCCUGCGAAACUUUUACCACACGAAAAGAGUUGGGAAUUAUCUGAUCGGGAGGAAGCUGGGAGAGGGCUCGUUCGCCAAAGUGAGAGAGGGGCUUCACGCGGUCACCGGCGAGAAGCUGGCAGUGAAAGUGAUUGACAAGAGGAAGGCCAGAAAGGACUCGUAUGUCACAAAGAACUUGCGGCGUGAAGGGGAUAUUCAGCAAAUGAUCCGGCACCCCAACAUCACCCAACUGCUGGACAUCUUGGAGACGGAGAACAGCUACUACCUCGUCAUGGAGCUCUGCCCUGGUGGAAACCUUAUGAACCACAUUUAUGAGAAGAAAAGGCUGGAAGAAAGAGAAGCCCAGAAAUAUGUGCGCCAACUAGUCAUGGCAGUGGAGCACCUGCACAGGGCAGGAGUUGUUCACAGAGACUUAAAGAUUGAAAAUCUCCUCCUUGAUGAACAGGACAACAUUAAGCUGAUCGAUUUUGGCCUCAGUAACUGUGCGGGCAUUCUGGGAUACUCUGAUCCCUUCAGCACACAGUGUGGCAGCCCAGCAUACGCUGCCCCUGAGCUUCUCUCAAGAAAGAAAUACGGGCCCAAAGUGGAUGUCUGGUCAAUAGGGGUGAACAUGUAUGCUAUGCUGACGGGUACCCUACCAUUCACUGUGGAGCCAUUUAGCCUGACAGCCCUUCAUCAGAGGAUGGUGGACAAAGAUAUGAACCCUCUACCUCCAUCUAUCUCUUCAGCUGCCAUCAGCCUGCUGAAGAGACUUCUCGAGCCUGACCCCAAGAAGAGACCCAACAUCCACCAAGUGAUGGCUGAUCCAUGGCUGCAGCUGGGCAACCCUCACACUGGAGUUCCUUACUUAAAUAGGAUCCACAUUGAGGAGAUCAACCACACGGUUCUGCUCCACAUGACUGAGAAAAUGGGCUACAAACACAGCGAGGUUCUGAGCGCGGUGCUCACUAACAAAGCCUGCCACACACUGACUGUGUACUUCCUGCUCAACAACAAGAUGAAGAGACUCUCGAAAGAGUACAGGGAGAAACAGUACAACAUGGAGAAGGAGAAAAAGAGCGAGCUGUUCCAGACUCAGUGGAGGAAACACGUCGAGAAGGUUACGAUUCCACCCAAGCAGACGCCCGUGUAUCUCGCUGUGAACAAAGGUCCCACCAAGGAGAAGAAACACAGAAAUGGUCUUCUGAAAGCCGUGACCGGAGGUUUUAAAGAUGUUUACUCAGGACAUGGUGGUUGUAUCACCUCCUCCUCUCUGGAGUACAUGGAGAUCCACCCCCUGUACCCAACCCCGCAGCCGACCCCACAGCGGACCCCAACCCAUCCUACACCCGAGACCCAGCCAGUCCAGAAAGACAGCACCAAAGAUUCCCCAAAAUUUGUCAACAUCUCCGCUCGCCCACCUUCCUCCCUCGGCGCUCAUUCCUGGGCGUCCGCAAGCAAGCAACCAAGCAGAGAUGCUCCUCCAUCGCCAUGGUUCAAGCUGACCAACGGAGCGCUCUCUCCACCUCGACACGUGUCUGCUUUUCAGCCUGAUAGCUCGUACUUGAAGAAGGCCACGAUCCCCAGUCCACCUCUUCUUAUAAUCAAACCUCAACUCAAGAAAAUUCCUCCUGCUUCAGAUUGUUCAAGCUCCUCAGAUUCAAGCGGUAGCCCGCCCAGCAGCGGGGGUAGUGAGGAACCCCACAGCCCUCAGCACCACAGCAAGUUUCCUACCAUGGGCAUUGGGCAGAUUUUCAAGAAAAAAGUGGCGCCCUUCAGCUUCCAGCUGCCCCUGUUCAAGCCAGAGCCUGUGGUGCAAGUGGAGUCUCCAACUCCCUACCAUAUGCAGACUCUGCUCUGUACCUCAGGGGCUCUCAAAACCCUGUGCUGAGGAGGAGAACUUUUAGAUUAUAUAAAAUCAGAUGUAUGCAGUCUAACCGACAACGCUCACAGUUGGUCUCAGUUGGGCUUCCCACACAUAGACCAGAUAUAUAUAGCAUAUGUUACACACAUAGCUUGAGUGAAGGCAUCCAGAGAACAGGCUCUGAACACUGUAAAAUUAGAUCUUGAGGUUACUCGACCCCAGGACAUUAGACACUGAAUGUCGAGUUCACACGCAGCAACACAUACAACAUGAUUCUAGUAUAAGUGCCAUGUAGCAGCUGAGCUGAGCCAACCUUUAAUGCACAAUUCUUCUGUGAAACAAAGCUGUCACUGCCCACAAUAAUGUUUGUACUUAUAUGUGUUGUACUGUAAUACAAUUAAGACUGUUAAUGAACGGUUGAAGGGGUUUUUUAUAGCGUUUAUAUGAUUAAACAAUAUUAGUGGUUUUUCAGCCCUUAUGUAAUUCAACCUUAAAUUGUAAUGACACUCAGGUCAACAGUGCUGAACUUUUCCAAUAGCCUCACUUCUAAACCUGUGAUGAAACUAUCAGUAUUUAACUGAAAGAUGACAUUCCUCUUGAUAUUCCUCUUUAGGGGAUUGCUGACAUUUUGUAUAGCCUUAAAUAUCUUGCGUUCAGCCUUUGGGGAGAUUUUUAAGUAUUAUUUGAACUCUUAGAGAAUAAGAUUCAUUUUACCUACAAAAAUCUUAUUUGGUGAAAUAAUAGAUGUGCAAUACUGUGUAUAUUUUUGAUUGCUGACCUGGUUAUAAGCAGGUUGCUGUUUUCUCUCCAAUAUAAGAGAUUUUAACCCACCUGUACAUAGAACGCAAGCGUCUUUCAUUCCAUGUUUAAAGGUGAUUUAUGCUGCCAUUAGACAUUAGAUAAGCUGUGAAUCUCUGCUACACUUUUGCAUGCACACCAGUAUAAAAAAAAAAAAUGUGAUGUCAGUUUUUUGGUGACACGUAUUUGUACUUUUUCUAUGCUGAAGAUGAUUUUGAAGGUCUUUUGUAAGUUUUGUAUUGAUUUGCUUUUUGCCAAGUAAAAAAAAAAAAAAGAUUUUUUUUAUGCUGUAAAAAAGAUUUCAAAUAUUUAUAUUUUACAAAUAUUGUUUGUGUUAUGAAUUUUAUAUUUUAAAUCAGCAUGUAUUACUUUUUUGACACAAAAAUAAAUGCA